UGCCUUGCCACAUCGUUUGCUACUUCACUGCCUGUACAUUCAUUGAGACUCGGUUAUACACAGAAUAUUGGCAAAUAUUCUGGGGAUAGAAUAUGAUAUUGUUUCCGUUUACAAAUCGUGUAAUGAUGGUUAUAUGAAAAUGACUCGUGUUUUAAACCGGAGUCGGGCGGUGGGAUUUAAAAUGAUGUCCUGUCAUGUCGGCGCCUUCACAGAAGAGAGAAUGAAACAUUAUCUGGACCGCGCGAGUGAAGGACAAAACACGCAUCUUUAUUUCCAUUGACGAAGACAAGCAUCUGGACAUUGAAAUCAAGUUUUAUUUCCAGCGAUAUAUAUAUAUUUAAAGAUCGAUCUCAAGGACAUAAGGACAUCAAAUACGACAACUUUAUAUUGUGGAUUGACUGGGAUGAAAUGAAAUUAAAGUCGUCGUCUAAUCUAUGAUAAACAACCUGACGUGACAUUAUGAUAGUUUCCAAUUAAUAUACAUAUAUAUUUAAUAUAUAUAUAUAUAAAAUCCUUUAUUUUAACGUCUUAUUUUGCAUUGAUGGGAACUGAAGAAGAAUAGAAAUAUAAGAUAUUUAAGUUAUAUGUCAUGUCAUCUUCACUUUCGCUCUUGGUAUAAUCUUGGCAUAAACAGCUCUAGAUUAUUAUUCAUUUGAAGAUUUAUGAUGUUGGACUCAAAGAUGAAGGACUUGUGUCGCAUCUGUGCAAGGGAGCUGUAUGGUAACCAACGGCGAUGGAUCUUCCACCCAACUGCCAAGCUGAGUCUGCAGGUGCUUCUGUCCUAUGCGUUGGGCAAGGAGAUGACCCGAGACGGCCGGGGAGAGUUCGCCUGCAGCAAGUGUACCUUCAUGCUGGACCGAAUGUAUCGCUUCGACACUGUGAUCGCCAGGGUGGAGGCAUUGUCAGUCGAAAGGAUGCAGAAGCUCUUGUUGGAGAAAGACAGGCUUAGACAGUGCAUCGGCGGACUGUACCGCAAAAACAAUGCUGAUGAUUUUGGAGAGGAUGAUGGUGCUUUGGACUCUCCUGUAGUGGACUUCUCCAAGUUGACCGAAGUUGAAUACAGUGCUCUACUGCAGGAAGAUCUGACAUACUCUAUCUAUGAGUCAUGGGCUGAGCAAGGCGCUCAAGAGCAGGUUCAAGACCACCAAUGCCCUCACCAUCAGUGCCACGCAGCAGCAGAUGCCAGUCCAUGUCCCCGACCCAGAAAGUGCAAAGGAUGCGCUGCGCUGCGGGUGGCAGAUUCAGAUUAUGAGGCUGUCUGCAAAGUUCCCAGGAAAGUGGGCCGGAGCACUUCCUGUGGACCCUCCACACGCUACUCCUGUAGUGUUCAGGACAACGCUGAGGAAAGCGUCCCAUCCGCACCUCCACCAGAACCCGAACCUGUCGAGGACAACCAAACUCGCUGCCCCAGUGAUCAAGAGCCCUUCUGCCUAAGUCCUGGCUCCUCUGUGGAGUCUUUGGACACUGCUGUAGAUCUCACCCAAGAGUCUCAUUCAAAAGUCCAUCCUGACACCAUGCAGAAAGAGUCUGAAGAGGAACAAUCUACUAUCAGGAGAUCCGAGUCCAGGCCUGGUUCUGUGUGUGGACUUGAUAUUGCCCUCAGCCUGCUUAAAAGUUUUGAACAUCACCCUCUCCAGAGUCACAGAGGUAGUCGGAUUCCUGUGCUCCUCAAACCUAACGCUACACCAAUGGAGAGUCCUUACCCUCUGCUCCAGGUGACUCCCACUGGGAUGGAGUGUCCCCUUUCCCCCCAUCUUCCAGAUGCUCCUUCUAGCAUCCAGCAGGAGCUUCAACUUGAGUUGGCAGAAAUGGAAGACCUGUGGUUGGAUGAUUACAUUGAGUGCAAGCCAUCAGGGCUUGAGAAGAGGUUGAUUGAGGAGCAGCAGUGUCAGCUGGCGGAGUAUGAGAACGCAGCGGGUCAGUGUGUGAGUGAGCUGCAGAAGGCCCAACAGCAAGUCCAAUCUCUCCAGACCAAGAUCCGAGAAAGCGAGACCAGCAAUAAGAAGUUACAGCAGAGGCUCAGGGACAUGGAAAGUGAACUACGUUCUGUCAGAGAAGCAGUAUGUGGUCAAGAGAGAACAAUACAGACCUUGAGUGACUCGCUCAACACUAAAGACUGUGAGAUUACUGAUCUCCAUCGGCUCACCGAAGAGCAGAAUGAGCUUCUGCACUCUCUGAAACAACAGAACAACCAUUUCCUGCUCCAGCAGCAGCAGGUGUCUGGAGUGGCUCCUAGCCGUCUGCAGGCUGAUCUGUUGGACCUCCAGGGCUCUCUGUUCUCAGCCCAGCUUGAGCUGCAGGGCCUUCAAAGAGCACAGCAGCAGGGCCAGAGGCGAGAAGAUGACCUGUCCCGAGGAAACCAGCGCCUCCAGGCUGACCUGCAGGAAGCCCUGCAGCACCACCAGGAAGCAGAAACACACAACCACGAUUUACUUGCUGCUCUUGAGAGGGCUCGCUUUGAGAUACAGCAAAUGGAGGAGAAAUGGAGAGAUGAAAGGAGACAGAGGGAGAAAGAGGUCGAGGAAAGGGAGAAGACCAUCCGAGAACUUAAGACCUCACUAGAGCACAAAGAACAACUGUUACUGGACUACAGUGAGCUGGUGGAUGCUCAGAAAGAGCCUGCUGGAAAUAAAGACAACCUCAUUUUCAAGCUCAAACAACGCAUUCAGGAAAGAGACAGAGCUUUGGAGCGAGCGGUAGACGAGAAGUUCACGUGCAUGGAACAGAAAGAAGACGAGGUGCGUAAACUGCAACUGCUACUGAGAGAGAAAGAGAGAGACCUGGAGAAACUUCGAUGUGUUCUUUCCAACAACGAGGAAACCAUCACGAGUCUGGAGUUGUUGCUGCGUGGCAAAGGUUUAGAGCUGGAGCAGGUGUGUGAGGCCUGGCGCAGUGCUCAGGGUGUUCAGCGUGAGAGAGAGGAGUCACACAUGCGAAGCCUGAGAGAAAGAGACACUUUAAUAAACCAGCUGCAGACAUCACUGCACACACGCACCAAAGAGGCGGAGGAUAUGACUGCGGUUCUGCUCAGUAAGGUGUCAGUCGGGUCCAGUGAGGUGGCUGAGGAGCUCAAAUCUCGGCUGCAGCUGAAGGAGCGCUUGUUCCAGGAGCUUCUCUCGGACCGCACCAGACAGACUCAAGAGCAUCACUCACAGGUCCAAAACCUUCUGAACACCAUCAACUCCAGAGAGCAGUACAUUAAGGAUUCUGCAGGGCGGGUGGGUCAGGUAAUGGCUGAACAGACCGGUCGAUUGCAGGAGCUACGCAGGCAGCUUGGGUCUUCAAACCCUCAGUUAACCGAAGGUGACACACAGGUGCUUCAGGAUGAGCUCCAGUUGACUCUGCGCAAAGAAAGAGAGGCCCAGAACCAGCUUACCGCUCUGCGCUCCACCCUGGCGUCCCACCAAGACCGGCUCCAGGCCCAGGUCUCAGAUAUAGAGGCCUUAAGCAGGACUGUGAGCAUCAAAGAGGAAAUCAUUAAGGACCUGCAGGUGCAGUUAGUGGAGCCAUCUGGUUUACCACUGGUUGAGAAACUGACCCUAGAGCUGCAGGUGCUGAGAGAGAAGGUGGAACAUCACAAUGCCACCUGCAUCAAACACAAGCAGGCUGUUUUGGAUCCACUGGUGCCCAUGGAAACAGGACAUGCUGAUUUUGGAGGUUUCACUUCAGAAGAUGGAGAGGAGGAGGAUGAAGACUGCAGUAGUGAGUUUGCUGACAGCGCCGAAGACGAGGAACGCUCCAAACUGACUGCUCAGUCUCUGCUCAGUGUACAGAGCUGUGAUCAGCAUACAGGUCUUAAAGGCUGCCAGGAUGCAGUAGCUGAAGGUCCGGUGACUGAGGUCAAGCUACUGGUGGAGCAGAAGAGGGCAGUAGAGAGAGAACUGACGGAGCUCAAGUCCCAGCUGGAAAAGGCCGGCUUCUCCUCUCUCUCUCAGAUGAGGAAAGCCUUCUUUACUCUAUGCUCUGAAAAUGAGGAGCUGAAGAGUAUGGUGAAAGGAAGAAAACCUCAAAACGAUGGACUGAAGAACACAUCAGAUAUAUCCGAUGGACAAGUGGUGGAAGCAUUUGGCUCUGAGCCUAAUGAAAAGGAUUCAGUGUGUCUGAAGUCUGACCUUGAACAGGUCCAGCAGGAGAGCAGAGAGCUUCAGGAGAGACUCAUGGUGUCAGAGGCCACAGUUCAAGCUCAAGCCGAACAACUCAAAGAUUACAGAGAACUGCUCACGGAAACAUCAGUACAGCAGGACAAUAAGCAGGUCCAGGUGGACAUCCAGGAUCUGGGUUAUGAAACAUGUGGCCGCAGUGAGAAUGAGGCAGAGAGAGAAGACACCAGCAGCCCAGAGUUUGAUGAUCUGGAGCUGUGCACAUCUCUCUCCUAUCGUGAUGGCUGCUCUCAGUGGUGGGGUGGUCCCAGCUCACUGAACUCUGGGAAGACUGAACAUGACGUGACGUACCUGCAGCAGCUGGUAGAGGACAUGCGCGGUCAGCUGUCCCGAUCUCAGGCUCAGAUCCGUAGCUUGCAGGCCCAAACGCGUGAUCAAACUCCAGUCAGCACUCUUCGUAAGGUCAACUGGGGCUUGGAUAACUCUGAGGCACAGAGUACAGCUGAGGAGGACGAGGGCUGGCAGUCGUCUGACGGCUUCGGUUCUCUCCCCCGCCAGCCCAAGCAAGACCGAGAGCUGCAGGAGCUUGUCUCCCGUGUGACAUCACUGGAGGAGCAGCUCAGGAAGGGCAAAGGUCAAGCAGAAGAUGGCAAGGCUGUAAACUGGCCGGGUAAGUUUGACACGCUGAUCCAAGCGCAGGCCCGUGAGCUGUCUCACCUGCGUCAGAGGAUGCGGGAGGGCCGUGGCGUGUGCCAUAUUCUGACUCAGCACCUGGGAGACACCACCAAGGCCUUUGAAGAGCUCCUGCGCUCCAAUGACAUCGAUUACUACAUGGGACAGAGCUUCAGAGACCAGCUCUCUCAGAGCAUCUCCCGCCAGAGAGUCAGCACCAAGAUCAGCGGCCGAGAUCACUCUGAAGUCCCAGAUGAUAAAUCAGGACAUGAGCUGCUCGCAAUACGGCUGAGUAAGGAGCUACAACAGAAAGACAAACUUAUUGAGUCCCUACGCUCUAAACUUGACCAGCAACAACCACGAACGGAUACACCUACUAGCAGCCAUGCCCUCUCUGUGGCCACAGACCAAUCAGACAGAACCUCUUUUGUGUCAGAAGACCACGGCUCAACCAAUGAGGAUCUUGAGCUGUGCUCCGAGCUAGAUGCUGCCAGUGAAUAUGGCCAUGAGGAGGCAGCAAGAAGUGCCACAGAUUCACAUACCCAUAGAGGCUCAACCUCAUUACAUCCAUCCAAUCCUCCAUCUAUUACUUCCUCUCACAGCCACCAGUCCUCCAACACCUGUCCCAGCAUGCAAUGCACACCACACAGCCCAAUGGAAACCCAGGCACAGACAGGCCUCUCUACUGGACCUCUGUCCAGCUCCAUUUCUUUCUCCACCUCCCUCCACUGUCCUCAAAUGUCCUCUCCACCCGUGUUUGAGCCUCAAACUCAUCCCUUGAGAACCCGUCACCCUUAUGGUGUGGGAUUCUCACUGGCAGAGGUUCACCAAGAGCUUCAAAUGCUCCAGAAACAGCUUGGAAACAGCUACCAUGGUCCUCAGAUCAAACCCCUUCCUGCGUUUCCUCUGGGCUCCCAUGCUCAGCUUGACCAUAGCAGUUUACACCCACUAUCCCAUCAUGCCUUUGAACAGUCACCUGUCAGAAGCAGACACACCAGUCCCGCUAUGAAAUCAGGGCCAAGCCUUCUGGAGAGCAGUGCAAUGUGGGAUAUGAUGUAUGGCCAAAGACCUACAAGACCAGGCGUUUAUGGAGACGUGUCCUCUGGUUCUUCGGGAUAUCAGUCAGGCCAUACAGGCGCAGACUUGAUGGAGGAGCAUCUUAGGGAAAUUCGCUCUCUCCGACAGCGUCUAGAAGAUUCUAUCCAGACCAAUGACCGUCUGAGACAACAGCUGGAGGAGAGACUGGCCUCUUCUACACGAAAUGGAGGAGGAGCACCCACUAACAUCUAUAUCCAAGGCCUUGAUUCUGUCAAUCAGCUAUCCAAUGAGAUUCGAGUGCUUAAAGAGGAAAAUCACACCCUGCAGGACCAACUCCAACAGGCCAGGACAGACGGCAUUAAAGAGACGGAGCGGCUGAGAGAGGCGGUUCUGUCUGGGCGUGGCCAGUUAAAGCAGGCGGAGCUAGAGGCGGGCAGGUGGGCGGAUCAAUGCAGACGUCUGCAGGCUCAGAUUAGAGAGCAGGCUCAGGUAGUACUACAGCUCAAACAAGACAAACAGAACAGCCUGGACAACAGCACCAGGCUACAGCACGAAGUGAAUGUUCUCCAGCAGCAGUUGAGUGAGUGUCAAUGUUUAGUGCACACACUGCAGUGUGAACUACAGGUGUAUCAGAGAGUCUGUGGCACUACCGAGAGCAAUACAGGCUACUCUACUACCUUUGACCUACGUGAGCGAGAGUCUAAAAUUAAUUUGCUGGAGCAGCAGUUGAGAGAGAGGCUGGACCAGUGUAUGCCUCGCCUCUCCGCCAGAAAACAGCUAUUCCACGACCAAUCAUCAUCUCCCCCCGUUCGAGAUACAGGGUUCUCCAGCCCUGCUUCACCAGCCGUGGAACUAGAUAACCCAAAGUAUUCUGCUAGUGACUCGCCAAAGUCUGCUGCUGAAGAUCUGGAAGCUGAGGCCCCUGACGGCUCCUUCGCCUGCAGGACGGGCCAUCAUAUGAUUGGUCACGUAGAUGACUUCAGUGCCCUUCAGCAGCAGCUACUGGAGGGGAAGGUGGUUAUCUGCAAAAUGGAGGCGGCACUGCAGUCCAGCACUGAAUCACAUGACCUUCCGGAGGGUUAUGUGAGGAACUUGCAUGCCAGCACUACAACACUGAAGCAGAUUCUGGAGGAGACAAGCUCUCUCUUGAGAAUGUUCUGGAGGGCGGCUCUGCCCAGCACUGAGGCCUCGGCCCAGCAGCUAAAAAAGGAGCAGUCUUUGAGAAAAGAGGUUGUAGCACUGAGGCGCAAGCUUUCAGAGCAAGAGCAGCUUCUCAGGGUCACGAUGGAGAAUCUGAGGACCUCCAGUCGCACUAAAGACAGCAUGGAGCAAUUCAUUGUCAAUCAACUGUCAAGAACGCGAGAUGUGUUGAAACAGGCUCGCUCAAAUCUAGAGAAGAAUGAACUCAAGAUUGCCUCUCUAAGCUGCACCCCUCUCCCUUCAUCCUUCUAUUCAGUCUCAUCCACUCCUUCCUGGUCUGAUAGAGGUGAGGUCUCAGGAGCCUCCCUCCAAUACGCCUCCUCUCUUGGUUGGAAUUUCGUGACCCCUCACGCUCAGGAUCGGCACAAAGUGACAACUGCCUCAUGGCCGGCACAGGGGAGUGAAAGACUACAGAUGUCCUCCAGACUGAGCGCUGCUGUCUCUCCCUUUCUCUGAGUCAAUCAGUGUCAUAUUAUUUCACCAUAAAAUGCAUUAGAUAUUCUGGAUUAUGUGUAGAUUAAGAUUAUGUCUAUUAGUCAGUUUUAUUUGCUACAUAAGAACCACCAAAAAGCUCUCAAAGUUGCAUUUGAGUAGAUUAGUAUUAAUAGACUUAUGGAUUGGCAAUCCAUGUCUUUAACCAAAGCAACAUUUUAUGGGUUUAUGUUUGGUGUUAAGGUUUGAUAUUGAACCAGCAACAAAAUUAAUGUGCAAUUAUAAUACUACUGUGCUACCAGCCAGACCUGCUACACUGUAAAUGAAAGUCACCCCUGGGACGAGCUGAAGAUCGAUGGUGCAAUAAUCUUUCAGUCAGCCUGCUACUGUAGUCUUGAUAUAAUAUGUUUGUUCUGUGUUAUUGCCAAAGUUUUAGUAUGUUGCUUUUUUCCUUUUUAUUUGUAUUUUAUUUUUCAUUGUCCAUUCUUUUUUUCUUUCUUUUACACAGUUUUUAUUUAAUCCUUUCCCUGUUUUAUAUUACUUCUCGUACUGGAGAUUAUAGAUCAUUUCUUUUUGGUUUUGGCCCCCCA